GGCGGUGUGUGUGAGGAGUGGCCACUGUUCCACAGCUCAAAUGGUCACCAUUCUUAGUGAUGACGUCGCUCAGGGAACACAUAGAGAUUCAGGAGCGGAGUGGUGGUGGAUUUGUGGACGUGACGCUCGACGACCCUCAGCCUCCCAGGCGUGGGUGGGUGCGUGUGAGAGGACGGUGGGGCGUGGUGGCUGGCGUGGGGCUGGUCGCUGUGGUCGCCUCGGCUGCCGUCCUCGCCAUCGUCUCCACAGCCUCGCCAAAAGCUCCUUCAGUGGAGCAGCAUGAGGUAGACCCACCCAGAGUGGGCGGGCCGGGUGUCUCCAGCUCCCUCCGUCAGUCGUGGGAGGAGACACACGCCCAGGCCGGUGCCCAGCACGACACUCCUAACACCAACAGCCAUCAACCUGAAUUUGUGGAAGUGGAGGAACCACUCAAGAAGACUGAGGCACUGUACAUAGGGAGGAGUGAGCCACUUGUCCAGGACCCUGUGUACACCGGGCCCCAACACCCACCUCACCCGGACUUCCAGGAGGAGACAGUGCUCCUGGAGGUGCCACAGGAACACGACCGACCCAAGCCACUCAGGGUAACACAGAUGCAGCCCUUGACGAAAGAGCAGGAGCCAGCGCCGCUUCUGGUACCUCGAGAACACGACGGCCCAAGGCGACCUGAGCUGCUGGAGGCGAGGGACAAGACCGUCGUGGAAUCACCAGUGAAGAAGAGGAAGGAGUCGACGCGUCUGCCGACAACUCGACAGAAGGGUGGUGUGAGGGUGUGCGAGACGCCAGAGUGUGCAGUGGCUGCGACACGCAUCUCUGAGAGCCUCGACCUGACGACCAACCCGUGUGAUAACUUUUACCAGUUCGCUUGUGGUGGCUGGGUCGACAAGCAUCCCAUCCCGGAGUCUGGCGAGACGGGCACGUUCGACGAGGCGGCGGACAAGCUAGACAAGCGUCUCCAUCUCAUCUUGGAAACGCCAGCCGUGCCAGACGCCCCGGAGCCCAUCCAUAUGAUCCAUACCUACUACGACUCCUGCAUGGACACGGAUACAAUGGAUAGCUUAGGCUUGGCACCUCUGGACUCGCCGCUGGCAGCUCAGGGCGGCUGGCCCAUGGUGGACGCUGACUGGGACCCCGCUGGCUUCACCCUCUCCACCGCCAUCAACAAUCUUAGACAGCUCGAAGUCUUCCCUCUCGUUUCUGUGGGCGUCGACCUUGACAUAGAAAACGUCCUCACCAAUAUCAUCUAUAUUGAUACAGGCACGGUGCCACUAGGAGUGUCGCUGAUGGCCAGCAACGUGGAAGGGUUGAUAACAGUUUACAGCAGCCUCAUGACUGAUGCAGCCAAGCUCUACCGAGACUACAAGGGCUCCUCCGUCACUGAUCAAGAUAUUCAGCAACAAGUCCAAGAUGUUGUUGACUUUGAGAUUGCAUUCUCUAAGGUGGUGCUGAAGGCUGUCAACGAGACCACCAACACCAUAUGGAGGACUGACCUGACCGGGGUACAGACAGACACCGAUGCUGGCACUCCUGGUGAGUUUGACUGGUUGGCGUUCGUGAAGGAGAUGUUUACUGCCCCCGGAGUCACUAUCACCUCCGACGAACCUGUCAUCUCCUUCAAGGGUAACUUCUUCAGUGACUUCAGUAACCUCCUUGCUGCUACUGACACCAGGACUCUUGCAAAUGCCAUUGGUUGGUGGUGGCUGUACGAACUCCAAGAGGAGACCACUUAUGCCAUGAGGAACGUAUCACUGCAGUUCUACCAUGACCUGUACGGCCUGCAAGAGUUACCACCGCGAUCGCUGCACUGCAUGGACCAAACCAAUUACAACUUGGGCUUUGCACUUUCCAGAGAAUAUGUCGACCAGUUCAUGGCCAGCACAGUGAAGCCAGAGACAACAGAGAUGGUGGAGGACAUCCGAGCAGCGUACCUCUCUCUCCUGGACGAAAACACCUGGAUGAUGUCAGAGGAUUUGGUAGUGGCUAAGGAGAAGCUGGAAGCAAUUGAUCCCUUUGUCGCCUACCCUGACUGGAUCAUGGAUGAUGCUCAGCUCACUCUGGCAUAUGAGGAUCUGGUGAUCGUAAACGAUAAGCAGGUGCAGAAUUUGAUAAACAUUGGAGCAUGGUAUGAUUUCCAUUCCCUGGCAUCACUACGAGAAACUCCUGAACAUUCGUUCCUCUUCCCACCAACAGUGGUCAACGCUUUUUACAACCCUCAGGAAAACACCAUCACUAUUCUGGCCGGCAUUCUGCAAUCGCCAUUCUACGCUCAUAAUUCCCUUGCUGCCCUCAACUAUGGAGGCAUUGGAAUGGUUAUUGGCCACGAAAUGACCCAUGGCUUUGACAACUCAGGUCGCCUGUUUGACAAGUAUGGAAACCUGAAGGAGUGGUGGAGCAAUGCCACCAUCCAGGCCUAUAAUGAACGAGCACAGUGCUAUGUCGAUCAGUAUAAUGCCUACAUUCCUCCCGAGUUGUCCGAAGUUGGACUAAAUAUAUCGAUAAAUGGGUACCAGACAGAAGGGGAGAACAUAGCAGACAAUGGUGGGAUCCGGGAAGCCUAUAGAGCCUACCAGCUCUAUGUGGAGCGCUAUGGGGAGGAAGCUAGGCUUCCAGGCCUUGAUGAAUUCUCCCCAGACCAUCUCUUCUACCUUGGCUUUGCUAAUGUGUGGUGUGAGCACAAGACAGCCCAGGUGGUGCUGACUCAGCUGGCUACAGACCCUCACUCCCCGGGCAGAUUCCGUAUCCUAGGUCCACUCUCCAAUGAUGAAGAGUUCAGCAAUGUGUGGAACUGUCCAGCAGGUUCUGCCAUGAACCGUGGUGACGACCGCUGUCUCCUCUGGUAGUAAUGCUGCCUCUUGCUCUCCUCCUGGUAUAUACCAUUCACUCUUCUGCUGAAUUAAUAAUAAUUUUUUUUUUUUUUGGAACCAACACUAGCCAUGAUUCAAACAUCUUGGAAUGCUUCAUAGUAAAAUAUUAUAUUGAAGAAACCAUGUUUGAUUGUUCAGAAUAAAUCUACUUUCAUGCCUCUUUUCAUAUUUAGUUUGUCUCCAGCUACAUGGAGCUGGACAAGCAUACAUGUAUCGUUUACUUAUUUCUUUACUUUUAUGGGGAAAAGUUUUUAUGGUGGAAAGUUUAUGUACACUCAUUUCACCCAGCCACCUUUUACAAUUUUGUUAAAUUAAAUACAGCAUGUUAAUCUGCUGUAGACACCACUUUGAAUAUACAGUAUUGUACAGGCAUUACCAGAGUUCAAUUAUUAAAUUACAAGACCUGCUUAAAACAUAGAUGCUGCAGUCUAAAUGACUUUGAUGACUUGUUACUGAAACUUAAAAAGUAUGAGCCAAGUUCAUGGCUCAUAAAUGGUACACAUGCCAUUUAUUGUGUGGCUGUCUUAUUUCCAGAUGGUGCAGCAGGUCAGGAGUUUUUGCAAAGUUGGCUAAAAAUGAAAGUUACAAUUCUUGUAAAUUUUAGGAAAAUGUUAUAGGCAUUAACUAUCGUGUUUAUACUGUACUACCUUAUGUAUAAUGUUAUACAAUAAAAUAUAUAAUUAUUA